AUGUCUGAAUCUUUGUUUCUGUUAUUGCAGUUCAGCACAUCAUUUCUUGAGAGUGUCGCUGAUUAUGUUGAUCCGGGCUUGCCAUUCAUAUCUCUCAGUAAAGGCCUGGAGCUUAAUACACUAAGGAUGAUGGCUCAAAUUAUUCCUCAAGCACUAAGAAAUCCUCGCCAGCCUUUUGUUGCACUAUCAGGUCCUUCUUUUGCUCUGGAAUUAAUGAACAAGCUACCUACAGCGAUGGUCAUGGCAUCCAAAGACAAAAAAUUGGCAGAUGCAGUUCAGCAGUUACUAGCAUCAAAUCGUUUAAGAAUCGGUACAUCAAGUGAUGUUACAGGAGUAGAAAUAGCAGGGGCCCUCAAGAAUGUGCUAGCAAUAGCAGCUGGGAUUGUAGUAGAGAAAGGAAAAGGGUGCAGAUCCAUCAUUGACCGAGUUCUAUUUUCGCAGACAUUGGAAAAAGGAUCAAAGUUGGGUUGGAGUUCAUGCUGAAUCUGCAUAUGUAAGUAUUUUGGGAAGUGUUAAUUUGAUUGAAUUUCAAAUCUUCACACAAGUCUUCUUCUCAUCCACCACAACCCACUAAUGAAAGUGAUCACACAAAUGAAGAUGGCGUCGAUGAAACAAAUGAAGAAGACCUUAGUAAUGAAUUUUGAU